GAAGAUCGUUUCCUUGAUUGAGCCUCACCAGUCAGGGAGAAUAAAAGCAGUGCUGGGGCAGCUACUCAGUAUUCAGUCACCAUGGCUUCCUCUUUGCAUUGUGUGGUCCUUUUCUGGUUGGUGGCCUUCGGGUUGACUGCUGCAGAUACGAAACUGGACUGUGGGCCGGAUUACAUGACGCUAGUUUGGACGGACAGCAGAUCCCAGGCUGAUCCGUCACUGUUCCGUCUUGGCAGCUGCCUCCCCACCAGCUUCACGCCCAGAGAGGUGGUCUUCAGCGUGGACCUCAGUGACUGCAACUUCAGGAGACUUGUUUCUGGGAAUGAGCUGAACUACACAAAUGACCUGUUCUACACGUCAUCUCCUGACUCUUAUGUGCUUCCCUUCUCUCUCCCAGUGGUCUGUUCUUAUCAGAGGCCCAAAGACUGGUCCCCAAGGGUCUAUGAUCCAGUGUUUUCUACAUAUGGGGUAGAGGACUUGGUAUUCCACAUUGACCUCAUGAAUGCUGACUUUUCAGGCCCUGCUGAGUCUCCCGUCUUUGCCCUGGGUUCUAUGAUCCCCAUCAUGGCCAGGGUGGAGCAAGUGACCCAUCAACCCUUGCUGGUGCUUCUUGAAGAAUGUGUUGCUGCCACCACACCAGAUCUCCAGCUUGCUGUUGACGUGUAUACCAUAAUCACCAAUAAGGGGUGUCUUGUGGACAGUAAGACUUCCCGCUCAAGAUUUGAGCAGAGGCUGGAGACCUCAGUGGUUCAGCUUUUGCUUCAAGCCUUUAAGUUUGGAGGAGCUCAAGAGGUAUACAUCCACUGCACAAUGGUUGCUUGGGAUCCCAAUGGUCUUGAUGAGACAAAGAAGGCAUGCCACUAUGUGAAAGAUCAUGGCUGGGUGUUGCUGGACAACCCCAUGUACAGCAGUUUGUGUGACUGCUGCGACUCCACCUGUCGGAGCAGAAAAGCAAGGAGUCCAGGAGCAGGGAAUGGUUUGGUCCAGAAGGCGGUGAUUGGACCACUUACCAUUACGGACUUGGCCUAAGAUCUUGUGGAAGAGGAUCAUCUGGCUGUAACUCGAGUUGUUUCUAUGAAAGCUGUUAUUAAACUCUUUACACUUGAAA